CUCGUUUUAAUUUAUUUUGCGAUGAAUUAAUUGAUCUAUUGCUACAGGCCUAACAGGGAGAGCUCUUCACUGCUGUUGGAUAGUGAUAGUAGAUGAUCAAUCUGUCAGGUUGUUCUCUGCUGUUUGAAUAGGGCUGUUUGUAGAAGCAGUAAAGUGUUCAUUGUUUGAAUUUCAGAAAUCACAGCCACCCUCUCAUGGGCCCACCUCCACUUAGCGCUGUUCACACCCACAAUCUGUUACUCCAUGUGUCUGAGCUAUUAUUGGCUCGGCGGAGAGGCCUCCUUCCAGGUGUGUCACGCUGAAACUCGCUCUGCCCUGUGGCCUCCCUACUUUCUCUGUUUAAGUCGAUUUCUUUCCACUCUUGACCCCGUUUGAGUUCGAGUUAGGAGGGAAGAAAUGUUGCUGAGCUGCUUACUAAUUAGAUUCAAAACUAACUGCUUCCCUCCAAGUUGAUUUUAUUUAUCAAUUCAUUGUAAUCUACUUAUUAUACACAAACUGGUCAAGGGGACCUCGUUUGCUGCCAGUAACUGGAAUGUUUCUGCUCCAGUUAACCCUGCUAUAUGUUUUUUUUCUCAACAAUGGAGGUCUUUGGGAGCGAAACGCAGUGAUGUCACAGGAAGCCGACAACAUGCCGGGCGCACUUUGCAUGUUUCACACAGGAGGUCAUCUCCGGAGAUAUAUUAGGCUAUGUUGGUGGUAUUGAUAGAAGCGGUGGAUUUUUUCUAGAUGUGUUAUUGUGGUGAUAUGGCUCCUUCGGUCGUGGACACAGUUGAGGAUUUGAGGAAUAUUCAGGAGUCUUUGUGGGAACUGCACAAGCUGCUCACUGACUUACCAGAUGACAUGCUGGAAGAUAGCAGAGACUCCUCCUCCCCUGAGCUGGAGAGCUCUACCUACAGCAAUAAAAACAGCGGCAGCAGCCCUCAGACGAAGUGGAACCAGGAUUGGUCUGAUCAUUCGCAUCCAACCUCUCACACACAGGCCUACAAAGUCGACUGUGAUCACGGCUCGCAUGAUGAGUAUGUGUACGAGGAUGGACCUGCCCACGCUAACGGACACCUGCCUCAGAAUCUGCCUCCCGGCUGGACCCAGGGUCGUCACUUUGCUCAGGAAAAUCGAACAAACAUGGACUCAGAUGAAUAUGCAGAGACCGGGGAUUAUUCUGCAGAGUGUGACCCCCGGUUGCUCCCAGAAAGCACCAGAAGCAAUCUGGAUUAUAAUGGCGAUGGAGGCUACAGGAAUCCGCAGUGCCUUGGCGACCACAACACCAGAAACCAUUUCCAAAAGUUAAACUCUGGACCAGGUGACCAUGGCAACAAUCAGUUCAAGGUUAAUUAUAAUCCUCAGCAUCCAGCCCAUCAGCCAAAAAUGUUAAACCCUCAUAGUGCUCAGCAAAAAGAUCAAUUCGAACAGCUACAGAGGGAAUUUCUUGAUUCGACGCAACAAACUGCAGACAGGGAGCAGGUCGCCCAGCUGCAGGUGUUAAACAAAGCUCAGCAGAGACAAAUUGAAGACCUGGAGCAGAAACUGGAAGAUUCACGCCGAAAUAUGAGAUACAUCGAGCAUCAGUUUGCAAUUGUCAAGGACGAAAAAGAUGGCCUGGCGGUAAGUUUCAGGGAGUCGAGUCGAUUGAUUGAAGAAGCAAAGAAAGGAGAGGCUCAAAUGCAAAACAAACUAAAGGCUCUGGAGCAGCAGGUCAAGAUCCUGAAAGAGAAAGACCAGGAGAACAUGAAGAAGCUGAAGGUUGCUGACGCUGCUGUGGACAGCAUGAAGCAGCAGAUGCUGGAGCUUUGCCGCUCUGACACGCUGUCCAGAGCGCGGCAGCAGCAUGACAGAGACCUCGCCGUCAUAAAGGAGCAGCACGAAGCGGCGCUGCUGGCCUUGCAGCAGAAACUCGACUCCACCUCCCAGGCUUUGAACGACCAGCUUGAUGUUAGUCAGAAGUUGCAGCAGCAAGUUCAGCAGCUGGAGCGUCAGAGAGAGGAAGAGCAGCUGGAGAGAGCCAGAAUCGUCAAUUCUCUGAGUCAGCGCCUCGAAGAGAGUCAGCAGCAAUGUGCCAAGCUGCUGCAGACGAAUUCUGUUCAGGAAAUGAGUCAAAUGCAGAUCAAACUACAACAAGCUCAGUCAGCCAAGACGCUGAGUGAAAACCUAAACAAAGUUUUACAGGAGGAUAUGGCUGAACUGAAGGAGCAGAUUACGCUGUAUGAAUCUGCACUGAAACACGGCGUUAUAGCGUUUGACCUCAGUAACGACUGGGAGAACCAACUGUCUGAAUCCUGCAUGGAUCUGGGAUUAAAGAAACCCGAAAGGAAAAAUGGAACAGUUCACAGCACCACCAUGAAUCACCUGUCCGACUCGAAGCUGCCCAAAGAGGAAGCGUUGAGGCUGCUGCGUGUGGAAAUGCAGCGCUGCCUGGGAUGUUUAAAGGGAAAGAGGCAGAAGAUCAAUCAGCUGCAGGAGGAGCUGCGGCUCACUCAGGGUCGAGUGGGAGAGCUGGAGGCCCAGCUGGAGGAGGCGCAGCUCUGCUCUGCAGCCAGAGAGACCAGCCAGAUGAAACAUCUGGACACGACUGAAGGCUCUCAGAAAGAGUUGAGAUCACAGAAAGAGACACACCUGCUGGAACAAGUGGAGAUGCUUGAAAAGAAGAAUAAAGAGCUGAAACAGAACGAGGAAAAGCUGAAAUCUGCCAACUCUGAGCUGUGCACCAAAAUGAGAGAAAUGAUCCAAGAACUGGACCAGGAAAAGCAAGAAGCUACUCAGAGGACUGAGCGGAUAAAUCAGCAGUAUAGAGAUGAUGUGGUGAACCGGGUCAGAACAGAACUCCUUCUAGAACACAACGCGGAGGUGGAGCAGCUGACUGCACAGCACCAGCAGGAGAUUCAGCAGCUGCAAAACCAGCUGUCAGAGGUCAGCGAUAAGAUGUUGGCCGUGCAGGAAUGUUACAUCUCUGUGUGCAAAGAGAAGUGUUUCCUGGAGGAAACUCGGCAGAAGAAACAGGAAGAAAAGAGCAGUGAAGCUUUGGAGAAGCUGAAGGGUGAACAGGAGGCUCAGCAUCAGGCUGCCAUGCUGAAGCUUAAAGAAGACUGGACCAAAGAGAAAGAGGCUGAAAUCCAGCAGGAAGUGAGCUGCCAUGUUGCUUCCACUGAAGCCAAAUGGAAGAAGGAACUUCAAAAGAGAGAGAAGACGUGGGUUCAGAAGCUGGAGGAGGCUAAGAAAGAGAGAAACGCUGCUGAGGUGAGCUGCCAAACAGAAAUUGCCAGCGGUCGGGCAAUUUCUGCUGAGGAGCUGGACUCCAGGCUCGCUGCCCAGAAGCAGCAGCUGCAACUGGAAGCUGACAAAGUGCAACGCAAAGCUGUGGCGGAAGCCAGGAAACAAAUCCAGAGAGAGUUGGAAGAGAAACACCUGAACGACAUGGCCAAGCAGGUUGAAGGGGCUGUAACCCGAGCCUACAGCCGCUGGAUCGAGGAUCUGUCUUCAUUACCAGAAUACCAAACUUUACUCCAAAGAGAAAAGGAGAAAUGGGAAGAGCUGCAAGAAGAAAUCACAAAGGAAAAAGUAUCCCAGGCCUUGCAGGAAGCAGAGGAAGAGUGGCGGAAAAACCAAGUGGAGCAGCAAAAAGCGGUGGACCUUCAGGAGGAGCUGGCAGCUCUCAAGAGCCAGCUGGAGCAAGCCAGCAGAGAGCAAGCCGCCCUGCUGAAAGCGGAGCUGGCUGCAGCCCGAGCCGCAUGGUUCAGAGACAAACAGCAGGAGAUCUCCAUCAUCCAGGCCCGAAACGAGCAAACCUACCAAACCAAGCUGCAAGAGCAGUGCAAAAACCUGGAGCAGGCUGUGCAGAAAGCCAGAGAAGACGCUGACCUCCAGAGGAAGGAGCUGCGGUUGCAGCUGGAGGCCAAGCUUCAGCAGACUCUGAGGACACAAGAAGAAGAGUGGAGGUGCCAGUAUGAAGAGAAGGAGCUGGCUGAAAGACAGCAGAAGAAGGAGAAGUUUGUAUUAGAACUUCAGACGGCACUGGCCCAGGCCUCUUCACGGCUUCUCAGGCCUGCUGAAACGGAGCGUCAGGAGGCUGAGGACAGCAGAAGAACCAGUGGAUCCCCGUCAGAAACUACAAUCACAAACAUCAUUGAAACAUCGUGCAGAGACAUGAUGAACAGAGCGGUAACAGAGGCCAAGAAGGAGUGGAAGAAAAUGAGCGAAGAAAAGCUAAGCUGCAUCCUAAAAGAGACGCAAGAGAAACACACAAGAGAAAUCAACGAAAUUCAAGGCUCUUUUGCUCAGAGGAAGGAGCAGUCUGGCUGCAGGAAGGGAUGCACUGAGAGUUUGGGAAAGCUGCAGAAGAAGAAUCAGGAGCUCCAGAGACAUUUAGAGAAAGCCUGUCGUCAACUUCAGCAUCGCAUCCGUGAGCACAAAACGGCCAUGCAGCGGCUUCGAGAUGAGCAUGAAAGCAGCAUACAGAAGCUGAAAGAGGAACAUCUGCAGCAGCUGGAGGAAGUGAAGAGAGCUAAUGAAUCUUCAGGAAGUUCGUAUCACCAACAAAAUCUUCAGCGAGGCCUGGAAGAGAUGAAGCAGCAAUACCUCGUCACCGUGGAAAAGAUCAGAGGGGACAUGCUGCGCUACCUGCAGGAGAGUCGAGAGCGCGCGGCGGAGAUGAUCCGCAGCGAGGUGCAGAGAGAGAGGCAGGACACGGCCAGGAAGAUGCGGCGCUAUUAUCUGACCUGUCUGCAGGAGUUACUGGAGGACGGGGGGAAAGCCACAGGGCAAGAGGCUUUAAUUGUCCCGAACUUGUUCGCUUGCUGCAGUAUUGCUCCUCCGGUUAAUUGUAUUGAUCUUCCUACCUUCUGCAGUGCUGAGAAGAAAAUAAUGAGUGCUGCAAGCAAGCUGGCAGCCAUGGCUAAAGUGCUGGAGACCCCAGUAAAGAGUAACUCUGGAAAUAAUUACUCUCUACCAACAGGUUGUUCGACGGGGGAAUCUUCCGGCGCCGUUGUUGGCAUUCCAACUAGAAGUUCAGGUUUCCGUAGCAACCUGACGACGCUAAAUGAACUUCUUGAUGUGAGACCAGAGCAGCAACCCCAAAGGGAAAAGGUUUCUGCUGAUUCAGGCCCCAAACCAAAUGCAGCAUUUAGGACCAAACAUUUAACCCACCAGGACUCUGAGGACGGCUUCGUGACGAAGCCACAAACCUUCGAUGCGAACUCUUUCCCUCACAAACCUUCCCAGUCCCACGUGGGUUUCGCUGGUUUGUCUGCAAGGAGGAAAAGCGCCGAGUGGUUUUUGCAAAGAGGCGACUCCAGCAAGGCAGAGGUGGGGCGGCAGAGCCGGCCGCUCCUCAUCCAGGAGGCUCCAGUCAGAGAGGAGAAGCAGACCGACUGGAGCCUGACCAGCAACGACUCGGACAGCGGCCCAAACGCAGCCAGACCGCGGCGGAAAGCUGAACCGCUCAGGCCUUUUUCGGCAAAUUCAGCUUCUGAUGCCGACAUAGGAGCACUAGGGGUCGCCACUCCGGACGAUUCUGACCUAACAGUGAACAAGGAAAUCCCCAAGCAAUUACCUCAGACUGAAAACAAGAAAGCAAAGAAGAGUCUGGCCAGAGAGCCGAUCCCCGGCUCGGACGGCGACGUUUUCUCCAGGCCGCUGUUCUCUGAGCUGAGGCAGCGGCAGCAGGACAGCGGCUUCGACAGCCCCUUCUACCUGCAGAAGUAACAGAGGAGGGAGAAGGUAAAGACAUGUAGCUUAAUAAAAUGUGCCUUUAUUUCAGUGUUAUGUUUACAUUUAAAACAAUGGGAGCAUUCUUCAUUAGACUGCAAAAACAAAAUCCUGUCAUCAGCAUCUAUGUUUCUACGACGACGCAAUAGAGCAACUGGAGAUGGAACAAAAACUCAAGAAUUUUGAUAUCAAUCUCAGAAAUGUUCUAGAAAGAGCAAGGACAUUUGUGAGCUCCAAUAGUUGAAAAUUUGCUAGAAUUUUUUAUUUUAUUUUAAUCUUUGGGUUAAUUUUUAGGUUAAUCUGAGAAAUUCUGUAGAG